CCUUGAAUUUCUAGCUGUCUUUCUCCGCAAAACAAACACUCUCACAAACUUUCUUCAUCUCUCUCUAGACUCUAAACCCUCCACUCCAAUUGAGCUAGGGUUUAGGUCAUUCUUACUUCAAUUCUUAUCUCAAAUAACAUCAUCAUGGAUCUUCCUAGCCUCGCCGUCAUCCUCCAAGCUGCUCUUAGUCCCAACCCCGAUGAACGCAAAGCCGCCGAGCAAAGUCUCAAUCAGUUUCAGUACACGCCUCAGCAUCUGGUAAGGCUAUUGCAGAUCAUAGUUGACAAUAACUGUGACAUGGCAGUGAGACAAGUAGCCAGCAUUCAUUUCAAGAAUUUCAUUGCUAAGAAUUGGGCACCCCAUGAGCCAAAUGAGCAACAGAAGAUCUCGCAUAGUGAUAAAGACAUGGUGCGGGAUCACAUUCUUGUAUUUGUUGCCCAAGUUCCCCCAUUAUUGAGGGUACAGCUAGGCGAGUGUCUGAAGACUAUUAUCCAUGCUGAUUACCCGGAGCAGUGGCCACACCUUCUAGAUUGGGUGAAGCAUAACUUACAGGAUCAACAAGUUUAUGGAGCUUUGUUUGUGUUGCGGAUUCUUUCUAGAAAAUAUGAGUUCAAGUCGGACGAGGAGAGAACACCAGUUUAUCGAAUUGUUGAGGAAACAUUUCGUCAUCUUCUCAAUAUAUUCAACAGGCUUGUCCAAAUUCCCAACCCAUCAUUGGAAAUAGCCGACUUGAUUAAGCUUAUUUGUAAAAUAUUCUGGUCAUCUAUAUAUUUGGAGAUUCCAAAGCAGCUUUUCGAUCCAAAUGUUUUCAAUGCUUGGAUGAUUCUUUUCUUGAAUGUUUUGGAGAGGCCUGUUCCCUCAGAAGGUGAGCCUGCCGACCUUGAGCUAAGAAAAUCUUGGGGGUGGUGGAAGGUGAAGAAAUGGACAGUUCACAUAUUAAACAGGCUGUACACUAGGUUUGGAGAUCUCAAACUUCAAAAUCCUGAAAACAAAGCUUUUGCUCAAAUGUUUCAGAAGAAUUAUGCUGGGAAGAUCUUGGAGUGCCACCUAAAUCUCUUGAAUAGGAUCCGUGUAGGUGGCUAUUUACCUGAUAGAGUGACUAACCUUGUUCUUCAAUAUCUGAGCAACAGUAUUUCGAAGAAUAUUAUGUAUAAUUUGUUGCAACCACGGCUUGAUGUCCUUCUUUUUGAGAUUGUUUUUCCCCUUAUGUGCUUCAAUGACAAUGACCAAAAACUUUGGGAUGAAGAUCCCCAUGAGUAUGUGAGAAAGGGCUAUGAUAUUAUUGAAGAUCUGUAUAGUCCCAGGACUGCAUCCAUGGAUUUUGUCAGUGAAUUGGUUAGGAAACGUGGAAAAGAUAAUCUUCAUAAGUUUAUUCAAUUCAUUGUGGAAAUAUUUAAGAGAUAUGAUGAAUCACCAGUAGAAUAUAAACCCUAUUCUCAGAAAGACGGUGCACUGCUUGCUAUUGGAGCUCUUUGUGAUAAACUGAAACAAACUGAACCCUACAAAUCUGAACUGGAACGCAUGCUAGUGCAACAUGUUUUUCCUGAGUUCAGUAGUCCAGUUGGUCACCUUAGAGCCAAGGCGGCAUGGGUUGCAGGACAGUAUGCUCAUAUUAACUUUUCAGAUCAGAACAAUUUUCGCAAAGCACUCCACAGUGUGGUUUCUGGGUUGCGUGAUCCAGAACUUCCUGUUCGUGUUGAUUCAGUAUUUGCAUUAAGAUCAUUUGUUGAAGCUUGCAGAGAUUUGAAUGAGAUUCGUCCAAUUCUUCCUCAACUUCUUGAUGAAUUUUUCAAACUUAUGAAUGAGGUUGAGAAUGAGGACCUUGUCUUCACUUUGGAGACUAUAGUUGACAAAUUUGGGGAGGAAAUGGCACCUUACGCACUAGGAUUAUGCCAGAAUUUGGCUGCUGCAUUUUGGAGGUGUAUGAAUACUGCUGAAGCUGAUGAGGAUGCAGAUGAUCCUGGUGCUUUGGCUGCAGUUGGUUGUCUGCGUGCUAUAAGCACAAUUCUUGAAUCAGUUAGCAGGCUUCCACACCUUUUUGUCCAAAUUGAGCCCACACUCCUUCCCAUAAUGCGUAGGAUGUUGACAACUGAUGGUCAGGAGGUUUUUGAAGAAAUUUUGGAAAUCGUGUCAUAUAUGACCUUCUUUUCUCCAACAAUAUCUCUGGAAAUGUGGAGCCUUUGGCCAUUGAUGAUAGAAGCAUUGGCUGAUUGGGCCAUUGAUUUCUUUCCAAAUAUUUUGGUUCCUUUGGAUAACUAUAUUUCCAGGGGAACUGUCCAUUUUCUUUCGUGCAAGGAACCGGAUUACCAGCAAAGCCUUUGGAAUAUGAUUUCUUCCAUCAUGGCAGACAAAAAUUUAGAGGAUGGUGAUAUUGAACCAGCUCCGAAGCUCAUCGAAGUAGUUUUCCAGAACUGUAAAGGACAGGUGGAUCAGUGGGUUGAGCCAUAUUUGAGAAUAACUGUUGAGCGGUUGCGUCGAACUGAAAAAUCAUAUUUGAAAUGUCUUCUCAUGCAAGUGAUUGCUGAUGCCCUUUUCUACAACUCCUCCUUGACGCUUAGCAUAUUGCAUAAGGUUGGUGUUGCAACAGAAGUCUUUAGUCUUUGGUUCCAGAUGUUACAACAAGUGAAAAAGAGUGGUGUACGGGCUAAUUUUAAAAGGGAACAUGAUAAGAAAGUUUGUUGCUUGGGGUUGACCUCACUACUUGGACUUCCUGCAGACCAAUUACCAGUGGAAGCUUUAGGGCGCAUUUUCAGGGCUACCCUUGAUCUCCUAGUUGCAUACAAGGAUCAAGUUGCAGAAGCUGCUAAGGAGGAAGAGGCUGAAGAUGAUGAUGAUAUGGAUGGUUUCCAAACCGAUGAUGAAGAUGAUGAUGGUGAUGGGUCGGACAAAGAAAUGGGCGUUGAUGCUGAGGAUGGAGAUGAAGCUGACAGCAUCAGACUUCAAAAAUUAGCUGCGCAGGCAAGAGCUUUCCGGCCCAAUGAUGAGGAUGAUGAUGACUCAGAUGACGACUACAGUGAUGAUGAAGAGUUGCAAUCACCAAUUGAUGAGGUGGAUCCAUUUAUUUUCUUUGUGGAUACCAUUAAAGCCAUGCAAGUGUCCGAUCCCUUGAGAUUCCAAAACCUUACACAGACACUCGAGUUUCAUUAUCAAGCGCUUGCAAAUGGUGUUGCCCAACAUGCUGAGCAGAGGAGAGUAGAGAUUGAGAAGGAAAAAAUGGAGAAAGCAUCUGCUGCUGCCACUUCAUGACUUGAGCUUUGAAUACCACUGUUGCUCAAAUUUUGGUUUGCAGUUGCUGUUCAUUGCUUAUUUAAUUCAUUUGGUAAUGCCCAACCCUUGGGAGCAUUUGGUUGGUUCAAUUGUCAAGGAGUUCUGUCAGCCCAAUGAGAAAUUUCUGGAUUGAAGUGCUUGGAGCUUUGGAUUCCCAACGAUCGAGGUCCUAGUAAGCCCCAAGAAAUUUUGUCGUUUAUAAGUGCUUGGUGCUUUUUAUGUCCAAGUUCCCACUUAUAAGCAUCAUAUAAUACCAGACAAGUCUGUAGCUGCCCUGUUGUCUGGUUGCAGUUUGGUUCAGAUGCCGGCCAUUCUAUAGCAGAAAAUGCCA